GUGGCUAUCUGUCGGAAACCUCCUCAACUGUUCCCAGAGAAUCUUGGUCAGUUCAUAGUCAAACUUUUACACCUUCUUUGUCUUCCGUACUCUUUUACCGACUUGGCUCUUACGUGCGAUCCUUAUCCUGAUCGUUGCGAACAGCCUAGUAAAACUGAUCCUCAUGUUUGUCUCGAGCGUCUUAGAUUGAUUGAUUGCUUACUUCACUUCUUCCCUGAAAUCGCUAUGCAACCCGAAUAUAAUAUUAAAACUCUGUACCAAGAAGCUCAGGCUCGUUGGUUGAAACCGCCUGAGGUACACUUCAUACUGCAGAAUCAUGAAAGAUAUCAGUUAACGCAUAAAGCACCUCAAAAGCCUACAAGUGGGAAUUUGUUUCUUUUCAAUAAAAGGGUUCUUAAGUUCUUCCGUAAAGAUGGUCAUCAAUGGAAGAGAAAGAAGGAUGGGAGAGCUAUUGCAGAAGCUCACGAACGACUUAAGGUGGGUAACGCCGAGGCUUUGAAUUGUUAUUAUGCACAUGCCGAGCAAGACCCUACUUUUCAGAGGCGUAUCUACUGGAUGCUUGAUCCGGAAUACGAACAUAUUGUCCUUGUUCAUUACAGGGAUAUAAGUGAGGGAAAAGAGGGAAAACAAACUAGUGGACAUAUGUUGCAGUUUUCACCAAAUCCUGCGACUUUCUUUUCAAGUCCAAGCUCCAUUGCGACUCAGAAUGCAAGCUACAGUCACUACAUUGGUGAUUCUACUGACAUACAUCAGCAGCAUUCAUCUACUUCUCCAGGCAUUGCAGAGGUUAACUCUGAUGUUGUGUUUAAGAGUAAUGGAGUUGAGACACCGGAAGGCAGUGGAAGUUCUUAUGAGUUUGAAAACAGGCAGGCUAUAAAGAGGCUUGAGGAACAACUGAGUCUUGGUGAUGAUAACGUUGAUACUGUAGAUCCACUCAACGUUCAGAACGAAAGCUUGGAUAGUCUCCUAUAUUUAGACAUCGAUCACCUUGCUCAGCCAGCAAGUGUACAUCAGAGACCAGAAAAUAACAAACUAGAGAGAAGUUACGGAGGGUAUGUUGGAGCCCAAUAUAAUGCUAAUGCUAUAGAUUCACUCUAUACCCAAAAUGAAAGUUUAGAUAGUCUCCUAUCUUUAGAGUUUAGUAGGGACAUCGAUCAGUUUGCUCAACCAGCAAGUGUAAAUCAGAGACCAGAGAAUAAUAGACUAGAGAGAUGUUACGGAGGGUAUAUUGGAGCCGAUUAUCAUUCUAACAAUCUGAUGCUCGUAAAGAACGAUUCAGGUGGUAAAGGAGGUAGUGGCGAUCAAGAGUCUGAAUCUUGGAAAGAUGUGCUGAAGGCAUGUGAGGCUUCUACAGCUCUUAACUCUGAGCAGGGAAGCACACCAAGUUCUGCGAAAGGAUUGCUAUCUGCAAUGCAGGAAGAUUCCAAGUGGAGUUACAACAAUCAGGGUGACCCAUCUACAUCGUUAUUGCCUCAAGAACUUGCUUCUUUCAAACAUCCUGCUUGCUAUCCUGAGCUGGGAGCUCCGGAGAAUAAUGCCAAGCACUGUAGAAUGAUGGAUGUUGAAGGGAAAAUCGGGCUGCCUCUCAAUCAAGAAAUGAGACAGACAGUUGCACAUAAGCAAAAGUUUACUAUCCAUGACAUAUCACCAGAGUGGGGUUACGCUAAUGAAACUACAAAGGUGAUAAUCAUUGGAUCAUUUCUCUGUGAUCCAACAGAAUCUACAUGGUCUUGCAUGUUUGGGAGUGAUGAAGUUCCUUUUGAGAUCAUUAAGGAAGGUGUUAUUCGGUGCCAAGCCCCUCCACGUGGCCCUGGAAAAGUCAAGUUAUGCAUUACUUCUGGAGAUCGACUCUCGUGUAGUCAAACAAGGGAAUUUGAGUAUCGUGAUAAGCCUGACACAUCUUGCCCUAGGCGCAGUCCAGAGGAGCUUUCAUUACUUGUAAGGUUUGUGCAGACACUUCUAUCGGACAGAAAAAGUAACUCAGAGCCGACCGUUGAUAAGCUGUUGAAGAAACUAAAAGCUGAUGAUGAUCAAUGGUGCCAUGUCAUGGAAACGACUCUAGAUGGCACUGCAAUAUCAUCAAGCACAGUUGAUUGGCUUCUACAGGAGCUGCUUAAAGACAAGCUGGAUGCGUGGCUGUCUUCAAGAUCCCAAGAUCAAGAUCAAACAUCUUGUUCUUUUUCAAAGCAAGAACAAGGCAUUAUUCAUAUGGUGGCAGGCCUUGGCUUCGAGUGGGCACUCUAUCCAAUUCUUGGUCAUGGAGUCAGCGUGGAUUUUCGUGAUAUUAACGGAUGGAGCUCUCUUCAUUGGGCUGCAAGAUUUGGGAGUGAAAAAAUGGUGGCUGCUCUUAUAGCUUCAGGGGCAUCAGCUGGAGCAGUGACUGAUCCCACUGCGCAAGACCCGGCUGGUAAAACUGCAGCUUCAAUAGCUGCCUCUUAUGGCCACAAGGGUCUUGCAGGUUAUCUUUCAGAGGUGGCGUUAACAAACCAUCUCUCAUCGCUCACACUUGAAGAAAGCGAGACAUUUAAAGACUCUGCUCAAGAACAAGCAGAGAUAACUGUGAAUUCCAUCUCAGAACGAAGUACUCCUCCAGGUAAUGAGGAUCCACAUUCACUGAAAGACACACUUGCUGCAGUGAGAAACGCAGCUCAAGCAGCUGCAAGAAUCCAGGCAGCUUUUCGUGCACAUUCGUUUAGAAAGCGUCAACAGAGAGAAGCAGCUAUGGCUGCUUGCUUUCAAGAGUACGGGAUCUAUGCAGAUAUCGAAGGUAUCUCAGCCAUGUCGAAGCUAGCGUUUGGAAAUGCUCGUAACUACCAUUCAGCAGCUUUAUCUAUCCAAAAGAAGUACCGUGGCUAUAAAGGCCGAAAAGAGUUUCUUGAGCUUCGCCAGAAAGUUGUAAAGAUACAGGCUCAUGUUCGAGGUUACCAAAUAAGGAAGCAUUACAAGGUAAUCUGCUGGGCGGUAGGAGUUUUGGACAAGAUUGUACUGAGGUGGAGAAGAAAAGGGGCAGGGCUAAGAGGGUUCAGGCAAGACGUAGAAGCCUCAGAGGACAGUGAAGACGAAGACAUUCUCAAGGUGUUUCGCAAGCAGAAAGUAGACGGGGCAGUGAACGAGGCUUUCUCUCGUGUUCUGUCGAUGGCUAACUCUCCAGAGGCUCGCCAGCAAUACCACCGUGUGCUCAAGAGAUACUGUCAGACAAAGGCUGAGCUUGGGAAAACAGAGACAUUAGGAACAGUUGAUGAUGAUGAUGAUGCGUUGUUCGACAUAGCUGAUAUGGAAUAUGACAAUUUGUUUGCGCUGCCUUGAGGGGCAACUACAAAAACUGUGGAUUUAGAGGUUUUAAUAAUAGUUUGUAGAUUUGUGAAGUUUUAAGAGUGAGUAGUUUAUAGAGUUGAGAAGAAGAAGAAGAAACGAGGAAGAAAAGCUGUUAUUAGUAGUGUUUGUAAAUGCUGUCUUAUGGAUUGGUGGCUAACUUGAUAGCUUUGACAAUGGAUUUUCUUGGAAUAGAGAUACUAUGUGGGGAAAACAUUAUAAUAACAAAGUAAAACUUGUGAUCGUGUA